CCGCGAUGUCGCCAAGGGAUUUCUCCUUUUUUUUUUUGUUUUGUUGAUUUCUUUACGGGAAACUAUCUAAUCUGUUGGUUCCUCGUUUUUUCCUCUUGCCGGAAAUUUUUGUUUUUCACGCCCGCCGCACGGUCAUUACAGACGUGCGCCAGUCGGUGUUUCAAGCAUUUCCGAGGUCUUCUGAUCACGCUCGCUACACUCACGCUCGCCACUCGACCAGCACAUUGAUCCUCGACGACUGCACUGCGCAUCUUCGUUAUCUUAGAAAACUUUCUCGAUCGUCAGAUCUCUUUGUGCGUGUUGGGUGUCAUUUGCCAUUGCACACCAUUGCUGCUGAAACACCGCUGUUGACGUUAGCUGUCCGGAUACUUCCAUAAGUAUUUGUUGGUUAAUUUUUGAUGCUCAACUAUCCCUGAGUGCUCCAACCACCAAGUGAUAAAAAUGGUUGCCGACAUUUGCCCAAACCCACAAAGCGUGGGUCGAGAAUUUGUCCGUCAGUAUUAUACCAUGUUGAAUCAAUCGCCUCAUUACUUACAUAGAUUCUAUAGUAGUGACUCAUACUUUGUACAUGGCGGUUUGGAAUCCUAUAGUCGGGAUAUGACUCCUAGUAUUGGUCAAAAAGAAAUUCAUAAACGUGUUCAAGAAUUAAAUUUCCGUGAUUGUCAUGCAAAGAUUCUGCAAGUUGAUUCACAGAACACACUGGGAAAUGGUGUUGUGGUUCAUGUUACUGGUGAACUAUCCAAUUGUGGUCAACCAAUGCGUCGUUUUGCACAAACAUUUGUAUUAGCUGCUCAGUCACCUAAAAAGUAUUAUGUUCACAAUGAUAUUUUUCGUUAUCAGGAUGUAAUGUUGAAUGAAGAUUUUGACAAUGAAGAAGUUGAUUCUGGACAGUCUGAUGGUGAAGAAAAUGGAGAAGUUGAGCAAGCCCCAGUUAUUCAACAGCCCCAACAUCAAGUAAAUUACUACAAUACUCCAACUCAGGCACAGUCUUUAAAUGGAGUUGCUAUGAAUGUAAUACCUACUACAGUACCAGUACAACAACAAAUGCCCCCUGAGCAAAUUCCAGUUCAAGUUCAACAACAUAUCCCUACUGUUACUGCUCCUGUUCAAAAUUUGGCUCCAACUGCAAUGCCUCCUGCUAACAAUGUUUCUAGAACUCAACCUACAUAUGCCCAAAACAACCAAAUAUCAGCUGAACCUCCUAAAGUUCAACAUCAAGAAGAAUCUGUUAAUCAUCAUGUUGACACGAAAGAAAAUCAAGAACCUAUUAAGAAGGAUGUACCUAUUACUGAAGCUAUUUCACCUGGAGAUCAACCAAAACCAUUGUAUGCACAACUGUUCAAAUCUGGUGGACGAUCGUCUGAAACUCACAUUGAGGCCCCUCAAUCAGUUUCAGUACCAACACAAAAUUACUCAUCACCGUCUUUACCGAAAUCGACUUCACCGGUUCGAAAUAAUGAUUACUCAAACAACACCUUUUCUAAUAAUCAAUAUGAACAGAGAAAUAAUGUAAAUAGAAACAUGAGGAACAACAGCAAUUACAAUAGAGGUGGAAUGAGUGGAAGAAAUAUGAAUGAAAGGCCAAAUAGAAAUACGUUCAAUAAUCGUGACAAUGGAUACAAUGGUGGCCCUGGAAAUGAUAUCAGGAUUAACAGAGGUAACCAAUCUGGAUCUUAUAAUGGUAUGUUCCAAUCCGAUGAUCAACAGUUGUUUAUUGGAAAAAUACCUCCAGAAGUUCAAGAAAGUGAUUUAAGGAACUUGUUUGAAAAGUUUGGUAAUUUAUUGGAUGUACGGAUAAUGAAAGGAGGCAGCAAAACUGGAGAUCCGUCUAUGAAUGGCAAUUUUGGUUUUGUUAUUUUUGAAAAUGUAGAUACGGCUCAUAAAGUACUAAAAAAUCGACCUAUAAUGUUUCCUGAUGAAAAUGGUAUCAAGUUGAAUGUAGAAGAAAAGAAAAACAAGUCCAGAAGUUCAAUGGUAAAUUCUGAUGGUGGCAGCAGUGGUGGUGGCGGUUUAGGCCGUGGUGGUAUGCGUACUAGUAACAAUCGUGGCGGUUUCAAUAGGAACCAGAAUGAUGGACCCAGAAACAACUUUAGGCGUCAAAAUUAAAAUAAUAAUAAUAAUAAUAAUAAUUAAAAAAAAGUAAAGGAUAAUUAAAAAAAAAAAAGAACUACAAUGAAUAUUUGAGGUGAC